CCGCAUUUUCAGUUUUUCACUGCGGCCCUCGUCUGCUCCAGCAGCGUUUCCGCGGCAGCCCCCGGUUACGCCCUCAUGUCAGCCGCCCGCGGCCGCAUCGCCGCCUUUCUCACCGAUGCCGCCUCCCGUUUCAGCCACAUACCUUGGCGGAGUAUCGGAUCGGACGCCCUCGACCGCGCCUCCCUCGUCGUCAAGGCCGCUUGCUUCGUCCAUGUCGUCAAUACCUACAUCGUCGGCAUCGCCUUUGUGCGAGGUCCCAGCAUGCUGCCGACGAUCAAUCUCACCGGUGAUGUCGUUGCCGUCGAGAGAAUCACUCCGAGAAGGGGUACUGUUGAAGUCGGAGACGUUGUCAUCCUCAUUUCGCCGGAGAACCCGAGGAAGACCGUCGCGAAGAGAGUAGUGGGUCUUCAGGGAGACGCUGUCACUUUCCUGGUCGAUCCCAUCCAUGGGAACGCUACACGUACAGUGGCGGUGCCGAUGGGGCAUGUAUGGGUGCAGGGUGAUAACAUAUAUUCUUCAAGAGAUUCAAGGCAAUUUGGUCCUGUUCCUUAUGGGCUCAUCCAAGGGAGAGCUUUCUGUAAGGUGUGGCCACCUGAAGCUGUUGGAUUCAUAGGAGAAAAAUAUUAGAAAGAAUGGAGGUGUUUGCCAUCCAAAUCUACUAGAGUAGUGAUUCUUGCCAACUUUUUCUGAAUGGUAUAUGUUAGCUAUUCUUUCCGUAAACAAAUUUGGCGUGGAGAUAGCUUGAGUAGGAAAUUUAAGGGAGAGUGAAGAGGAGGAUCAUAGAUUUGUAUGAAGGAUAAGCCUUCUCCAAAAGCUAACGUGCUAUCCAUAAUGAGUAUAAACAUUGUGUUUGUAAUCGACUCCCGCUGACUUAUUUGCUGGUAAAAUUUGUCAGGGAAUUGCCUGGUAUAUUUGUGAAGCUUGCUUUGUUUCUUCCUGGAUUUUUUAGUACACUUUUUUUGUUGAUUGAUCCAUGUUCCAACAUGCGGCAUGUAUAUAAAUCUUGUUACAAGCCUAGCUGCUCACGCAUUGCGUGGUUUGAGGUUUAACAUUUUGACAAUUUGAAAUGAUAGUAAUUAAGUUAUUUACCAGACUA